CCUCUGUCGAAACCUCUGUCGAAGGAAGCGCAUGCGUUGGGCGCUGCCAGGGCGCUUGCCGGGCUGCACGCUCGUUCUCCGCCGGGGAUGCAACCUGCGGCCUUAGCCCCAUGCGUGGCUCCAAUUGACCGGCCAUAUCCCAGCAGCAAUAAUGCUCACGAUGCUACUCGCAGAGGAACAGCGCUGCUGGGAUUGGCGUGCCUCGAGAGCGACUCGACUUCCCCUCUCAGCCCCGCCGCACGGCGCAGCGCCCGGCUAAAAUGGAAAAUGAGCCGGUAUCGGUAUAGAUAUGAAUAA